UCAAAAGAGAUUUGAGUGUUUUAAUGAAAAAAUCACAUACCGUGAUGCAUUAAUUGUGGUUUCCUAAAGUAGCUUGAGUACAAAACAAUCUGACCAAUUAUAUGAUUUAAUUGAUAUCAAUUUAGUUUUUAAACUCUUGCUCCCAUUAACUGGUAAACUAACUAAUGUCAAUUCUUCAGGACACCAUGUCUCCUUUCAAUCAUUUUGUAUGGUUGUCUAUAAGCCUGUUUUAUAUGUGCUGUGCUGAAGUUAUUGUUGAGACACCACCAUCAAAUCUCCAGCAUCCCAAGCAUCAGCCUCAAGACUCAGAUGUAAAUGUUAUUUUAGAAAAAGAACAGGAUGACACUGUUCCUAGGGUUGGUGGUGAACAUGCUCCAGAAGACGUUAAUUCUGCAAUUCCCUUAGAUGAUCAAAAAGAAAAUGCUUCUGAAAUUAAAAGUGAGGAAAAGCACCAUACUGGAUCAUCAAAAGCAGUUGAAACCAGUAAUGAAGCAGUGGCACCAAAUGGAGCAACUGAGAAGCUUGAUGAGCCUGUGCUUGCAAAUCCAGUUGUAUUAGAAUCAAAGAACCAAGAGAGUGUAACUGAAGUAAAUAAUGAAGUCAUCAUUGAAGAGGAAGUCAGAAAUGAAGCUGUGGAAGCAGAAGAAUUGGAAACUGAUGAUACCAAUGAAGACGUUCCAUUAGCAUCGUUCAAAGAAUUUAGAGAAGAACAAAUGGAAAAAGAAAAGGAAACAAAAAAAGUGGAGAAAAGGAAAACUGAAGAUGUAGAUGACUCUGUCGUUGAAAAACCAAAACCAAAGCUCAUACAAAAGAACUAUGCUGACAAUUCAUGUGGGUCAAAAAUUGUUGACAGCAAAAAAGAAUUCAAAAAUAGUGGAACUAUCUUGAACAAUAAUAAAGAUCUGUAUGCUAUGAUCCCAUGUGAAGGGGCUAUUUGGUUUGUUGUGGAGUUGUGUGACACAAUUCAAAUUAAUGCCUUACAGUUAGCUAACUACGAGCUUUUUUCUUCCUCAAUAAAAGAAUUCAAAGUUUACACUGCAGAAACAUAUCCUCCCAAGGAAUGGAAACACCUUGGUACCUUUGAGACUGUGAACAGUAGACAAAUUCAGAAGUUUGACAUCGAAAAUCAUGGCGAUUACAGUAAAUAUGUGAGGUUUGAGAAGAUAACUUCUCGAGGUAAAGAACAUUUUUGUGUCCUUUCAACAUUUGAAAUAUUGGGAAUGAGUAUGGUGGAUGAGUAUGAAGAAGUGCAACAUCAACAGGAUGAAGAAGUUGAUCUCUAUGAGCAGCCUCUUGACUCUGAUGAUCCACCAGAUACUGAACCAACUGAUAAAUCUCUCAUUCAAGGGGCUAAAGAUACAGUUAAAAAUAUAGUUGAUAGUGCACUCAAUGUAUUGGGUGUAUCAAAGAGUGAGGAAAUUGUUAAAGAGGAGGUUGUUAAAAACGACACAAUUCUUUCUAAAGAUGAGGCACCACCAAGCUCUGUGGGGGAGGAAGCUGUCAAACCUACUGAGGAAAGUGUUAUAAUAAAAGUAGAUGAAAUGGGGAAAGAAAUAAAAAAUGAGGGUGUACCAGAAAAGAGGCUGAAAGGAGAGGAAGAUGUCGCUGAUGUGAGUUCAAUCCCUCCAACUGUGGGAACUCCGGAUCCUCCCAGUGCACCUGAUAGGGAAGCAAUAAUGGAAGCAGUUGAUCUUUCUAAGCAUGAUGAGGUUAAGAAGCCAGAUGUGAAGGGGGAGGGGGAGCCAGAAAUUGUUGUUGCAGUUGUUCAACCAAUAUCACCUGACGUUAAACUUGAGAGUGCUGAGAGCAAGCCUCAAGAAAAAAUCGAAAAAGUUCCUGAGACUUCAGAACCAAAGCCUGAUGGAGGGGCUUCUGAAAAAGGUGUGAUUAUGACGAAUAGUCCCAAGAAGAACUCUAUUUUUGUAGAGCUGGACAAAAAGAUAAAAGAAUUGGAAAAGAACUUGUCACUUUCCAACGAUUAUCUUGAAACACUUUCUAGCAGAUACAAACGGGUUGACCAAUCUUUUAAGCCUCUUCAAAAGACUUUGUCAACUAUUGAUGAAGUAAUGGUUCGCUUUGAAGAUCGACUGCAAAACUUGGAAACAAAAUUUGCAAAAUUUGAAACAGCUCUUGAAUCAUAUCUGCUACACAUGGAAGAUUCAAAAUCAAAAUCGAACACUUUAGUAACAAGUACCAAUCUCAUUCUCUUCCUACUUCUCAUCAUGCUUUACUUUCUGUGGCGGAUGUCCUACAAGGUUAAUCAGAUAUCUUAUUGUGUAAUUGAUCAGCCACGUGAAAGCAAGGCUACUUUUGUCACCCCGGAAAUCAGCCACACUACUGAUUCUAACUCAUCUAGAAAAAGACAGAGAUCCAAGCCCCAAAAGGUGACAGGAGGGUUCAGGAGUCGGGAUACAAGCCCCAGGCCAGGCUUGUUAUCACAUAAAAGUGAGUCUAAUCUGCCUAAGAAAAUGGGUACUGAAAGUAAAAAAUCUUUGGAGUCGGUACAAAUGGACUUGAUAUAUCCUCAGCAGAAAUCUCCCAUACUUAAAAGGAAAGCAAAGCAUGUACGGUAGAACUAUUAAUCUCUGUUUAUGAACAUUUUAUUUCACAUUGAAAUGAUAAUCUAAGGAGGAGACUCAGGAGAAAUUCAUCAUGUUACAAAUUUCUUUGCAAACUUUCAGAAUUAGAUGAUUAAGAAUUUUGAAUUUUAAAUGUUGUGAUUUCUUUAUUGAUUCUUAGAAUAAUAUAUAAUUUGAUCCUAAUAUGCUACUAUGUCCUGGCGGAUUUUUAUGUCAAAUAUAUUUAUAAACAUGGUUUAAGCUAAAUCUUGCAAACAAACAAAAAAAGGAUCGUUUACAGGAGAACUUGUAGUUUAUCAUCUUAUUCUGGACCGGUCACUGAGAGUGAUAACGUUUGAGCUGUCAUGCUUACACAUUAUGUUAAUAAUGUAACACUGACUCAUGAAACUUGUUGGUAAGAUGACCUUGUCUUGAUAUUCUAUUAAAAUCUGUUUUUUGUUGUUUGAGAACUUGAAAACUUAUUAACUUUUAAUUAAAUAAAAAAAGUUUCUUCAGAUACUUAAUUAUAUUGAUUGAUUGUGGUUGAUUAAAUUUUCAGUUGUUUUCUGUACACUAUUUGAUUGCAGUUCUGAAUUCUAAAGUAAUUGUUAAGAUAAAGCUUACAGGGGUAGGUAGUUAAGGAACUUGGUAUUAUUGAAGAUUUUGAUUUUAUUCUGAUUUUUUCAGCAACACUAGUUUUUUUUCAGGUAGAACGGUCUCACAACUUAUUUUUGUGUGAAAAUUUGUGUGCGUUUUCAAUGCAACAAUGAAGUUAUUUAGCAUCUAAAAAUUAAGUGAAACAUUUAGUAUAACAUUUAUCACAAAUGCAAUUGGCUAUAGCACUCCGACUAAGAGCAGUGCAAUUUAGAUACUUUUGUUAAUAACCAUUAUAAUAGCAUGUUUUGUAUUAACUUAAUUCUUUCUCCCAGUAAGAAUGUGGAUGGAAUAUGGCUGAGUCGCCGACGUCAGUGUUAACGCAGACGUUUGAAUCACUCUGUGUAGAUAUUGGUAGUGAGACCGAUCCCAAUGAUACCCCAGACAAGAAGAAACAGACUUCUCGCGGUACUAAAGUCAGACAUAACUCCGACUCUGUGUUCGCUAUCGAUAAGAAUAAGGGGAGACGCAUAACGAAAUGUAAACAGAGUCUUUCCCCCAAACUGCGUAAAGAGCAAGUAGAGCAAUUCCUGGAGUCCACAACAGAGGAGCACACAACGCCGCGACGUUCAGCGCGGCGCUCCACACGACGCCGCCACACUGUCGGAGACCCAGCACCCUCGGCACCAGCAACACCUGGGCCGCAACAACACGCGCGCGGGUGUCGUGUACAAGCUAACGAUGUCACUGUAGAUGAACUGGCGGGGUACAUGGAGAAUGCUCUGUUUAUCCCACGACCUAUGAGCUCCAUGGCUGAAAUGAUGUACACGUGAUCUCAACAACUUUACUUCACAGUAAUGCGCACCAAGUCUAUGAUUUUAUCUCGGAUGAGAGUUGUAAAUUAAGUAUAGAGGUUAAAUUGUUGAAUACUCUUUUGUAGGGCACAGGAUACAUUGCUUUUUAUUGCACUAUUUUGUACGCCUAAAAAUACAACGAAACACUUAAUGUUGUAUUUAAAUGGUAUUGGGCCUUAUACAAACAAACAAACAACAUUGUACUUUUUUAUGAUGAAGAAACAUACGGGUUAAUUUCAUAAUGUAUAUUUAUCAAAAAUUAGAGUUGAGGUUAUGUCAUCUUGCAAUUACGAUGCAAAUGAUACGAUUAUCAUUAUAUUGUUGUACAUUUCUUAAAAGGUAUGAAAAAAUAAUGAUGUGAAAAUGAGUGAAAAGCUAAAAUAUGACUAGAUUUGAACGUAUCAACCGAACUUUGUUUCCAGUAAAAUAUAUAUUGUAAAAGA